AUGCUAACCAAAUUUGGCAAUUCGAAGCUCGCCGCUUUACCAAUUAUGAUAUCUAAAAAAGGAGAUGGAUUGGAUACCUUUCGACGCAUCUUUGAGGAGUUUUGUGCUAAGUCUAAUAUUGUUAGGUCUUUCACCGCGGACGAUCUGGAAGAUAAUAAAGGGUUCAAGAAUCAGCUUGUCGAAUUAAAUAUAACUCUGCAAAGUCUUGCUGCAACAUCGUAUCUAUUAUCAGUUGCUGGGCGUGAAACCUUCCGAAAUAAUCGUCGCCAGUUUAUAUCAGUAGCCGACUCAUUGAAAUUUGAAGUCUCACGGCUUUUCGCUCUGCUAAACGCAAUACUUGACCGACAGUCAGAUGUAAUUAUCUGGGAUAAUGGCUACGCUGCUAUUGCACAAUCCACCCCUCCGCCUAAGUUGACUCCUUAUCCUUUCCAAACGCCUCAAUCUCUUAACACGAGCACUUUUGUCAACUCCUCUGAGAAGAGAAAAUAUGUCGAUGCAGUGUUGGAAGAAGAGCUGGGAUCAAUAUACGUUGGUAUACAUAACUUUGACGACGUAUUUUUCUGUAUUGAAGGCUUAAACGAAGCUACUGCGGCUGUGUUCCAACGAUGUCAGGAAGGUGAUAGCCCAUUGUUUGCUGCAGAUUGCGGGUGGCAGAACUGGCCCGAGAGCGCGAAGGAAAGGGAGGUUUUAGACUGGCUGUCUACUUGGAUCGAUAAAAUCCGCAGUAUGGCAAGCAGCGAAAACAAUGCCCUAGAGUCGUCUCGUACAAUUUUGACACAACCCAAUCGGCCAUUAGAGGAAUCCACAGCGGGGCGCAAACUCGACAUUGGUAUUGUCACCAAUUCAACAGAUCAGGAAAAGUAUGACUGGCCACGGGUCUUGGUUCUUGGAAAGCUAAAGAGCAAUUCGAAAGAAGACAUGGCGUGA